AUUAAAUAUACUACUAAUAUGCUUUCUUUAUGGCGUCCGCAAUACUGUCUGUGGACGGGCAUUACUCCCCGCUUGCUACCCCUACGCGCAGCAGCUUAAGACGUGAGGGCAGGAAAGGCCCGGGUAGCACAACAAACUCCGUUCGCUUCUCUGGCAUUCUGCGCGGCGACUCCUCUGAUAGCGAUGACUAUGCCGUUGUGCGACUGAAGGAGCAGAACCAGACCGUUGAUAGCGCCAUCUUAACAAAGUUUUUCAACGAGUUUACAGCAUCACCUCGACUGCUUCAACCUGCUUCGGGGCGAGCUACUUGUGGCACACCUGGAACCCGUGGCACCUCCCGAGGGAGCAAGAGCCUAAGGAGCGCACCGGAUACACCGGUUAGUAAGCUUCACAAAGGCAGCGAUGUACAGCCUGGUGAGGGGACGGUUUACUCGACUUCGCAUGUCCCAUCGGAGUGGGAAACGCCAGGUCCCCGCUGGGGAUUCAGCAAGCCCGGGAGACACUCUACAUUUAAGCUCGACGACCUUACACGCUGCAACACAGCGCUACAUGUCGCUACUCGGCCCGUCACAAAAGAGGGCACGUUGACCAGCCACGUGAAGGCGCUAGACGCUCUCCUAUGCAAGUCAUGGACUCGUCAGGAGGUGGAGCAGGCGCAUGUGCAGGGCUUUUUCCGGCGAAUGCUCCCCAACCUCGGGGUAGCUCAACUGCAGUGCCCCACGGCCUUGCUGCUGGCCCGCUGCGCCAAGCUGCAGCCCGCCCUGCUGCCGCCCCUGACACGCGAGGUCUGCGCCGCCUUGCCGCAGCUCAUCACCAGUAGCCGCUCCGACACACGCCAGGCGGGUUUGUGUCUCCUGGGACUGCUCUGGCGGACCGCGGGCAGCGGCCCCUCGCAGCUCCGCUCCCACAUCCUCGCCACGCCGCGACUGCUGGAAGCCCUCACGGCACGCGCUGCGGAGGGAGACCUGGACGCGCUGUGGGCAGUACGGGAGGUGGCGGAGGACGCCGGCGGCGCUGUGGCGCUGGAGGGCAGCGGCGCGUUGCGUGCAGUAUGUGUCGUACUGCAGGGCUUGGUGAUGGCGGCGGCGGCAGAGGAAGGGGACGAGGAUGGUGAUGGUGACGGGCGCCGUGACGGCGGCCGCGGCGGCGGCGGCGCCGCCGCCGGUGGCAAGCGAGGUGUACGACGGAAGCUGCAGUACAGCAGCGGCGGUGGGGCUGCUGGGGUGACGUCGCGAGGCAUUAGUAAGCGAGGCGGAGCGACGGCGGGUGGGAGUGCUAGUGCUGCUAAAGCGAGGGCCGGGAUUGCUGCAAAGACGGCGGCUACGGCGGCUGCGAGCAAGGGAGGAGGAGCAGCGGCGGCUGCGGUGGAGGGUGCGGGUGUGACGGAGGGCGGCGAGGCAGUAGAGCGGGCGGCGAGGGGCAUCCUGGUGGCAGACUGCCUCGCUGCCUUCUCCGACGUGCAAUGCGGUGCCGCCGCCAUGUGCAAGCCGCUCACCCGCUCCGGAACCCCCAAUCCCACCUUCGUCCCGGAGCGCCUUGUCGCACUGCUGCUGCACACCCGGAAGUACUCCUCCGGACUCGGCUGGGACCGACCCGCGGGUCACCAACAUGCAACCUCCGGUAGCGGCGACAUGGCGGAGGGCAGUGGCAGUGUUGGUUUCGGAGGGGCUGUGGAGGAUGCUGGUGCGGAGGCAGGGGCGGCAGCUGCUGAGGCGGUGCGGCGGCUGCCUCCGGAGCAGCGGUGCGGGCUGCAGCUGCGGGAGGCGUUGCUGCGCUGCCUGCAUGCACUGGCGUCGUGCGGCAUGGGGCGCGGACCGCAGGAGGCGGUGCAGCGGGCGCUACGUGACGCCGGGGCGCCCCUGCUGGACCUGCUGGCUGGGGUGCUCAAGGACCGGCUGCAGCUGGCUGGUUGCAACGCGGCGGCCUACCUGCUCUGGCUGGUGGCCUCGGGCGAUUUCAGCACCUCGGCGGCCUCGGAGUGCAACAUGCUGCGGAGCCGCUUGGCAGCCGCAGCAGCAGCAGCUUCAGCUUCCCAGCCGCCGCAUGCAGCUGCUGGUUGCAGGCCGCCUCCUCCUCCAACUGAUUCAUCAGCUGGUUUCGGAGUCGUACAAUCGGUUUCGGAGUUGAUGCUGCGCCACGUGCCUACCUGGCGUGACGUCGGGUUGGGUGAGGAUUGCGUGGGGGCAGUGCGUACGACAUGCCCUCGGGCCGCCGCCGCUGCGGCGGAGGCGGCGGCGGCGGCGGCAGCUGCCGCAGCUGCCACCGCAGCGGCAGGGGCUGUUAAGCCCGAGGCUGAGGGUACGGGUGGCCCCGGUGGUGAGGCUGGCAGGAUGGAGGGCUCCGCCGCCUCGUCCUCUUCCCCGGCAUCCUCCUUGGGAGGUCGGCAGGUGAGCCCUGGAGCCGCUGCCACCACCUCCACCGCCAUCGCUGACUGCCUACAACACCCAGCAGCUGCACAGCAGCUACAGCAGCAGCAGCCCGCCGGAGCAACGCCGCAAUCUCAGUCACAGCCGCAAACCCAGGGGCAGGGCCAGGGAGGGCCGCAUGCCACCUCCGGUGGUGGCGUCGGCGUGGCGGGUGGGGUUGGCGGCAUGGCGGGGUCCACCAGCUUGCUGCUGACGCCGAGGGGCAGCAGGCCGGCCUCGGCGCCGGCUGCCUCUCCGCAGCGCUACAACGGCGGCAGCAGCGAGUGGGAGGAGGACGCGGAGGAGGUGGAGGAGGAGGGGCAGCUCGGCGGCGGGGGUCGCGGGCGGGUCAGUGAGGGGUCUGCUUCGGGCGGGCGCUCGGGCGCGGAGGAGGUGGAGGAGGAGGGCCGGCUGGCUGGUGCGACUAGCCAUGAGACCACCACUGAGCACAUUGACAGCAACGUGAUUGACAGCAGCGUCGAGCUAACGGGCAAGGAGCACAUUCUGCGUGCCAUCCAAGAAGCAGCGUCCUCCAUCCAGGCCGCCACCCCAACAACCUCCAACCCCACCGACCCCAACGUCACCCCGACGGCACCCCAGCACCCGGAGCCUCCCACUGCUGGCGCUGCUGCCGACACACCACCUACCAACAAGCGCCCCUCCGAAACCACCACCACAACCACCACCACCACCACCACCACCACCACCACUCCCACAAGGUCCUCGUACGACACCAUUCCCCGAGCAGGCACCGGCACACAGCCCGCAUCAUCAGCUGCCACCACCAGCGAUUGGGCCCCGGGGUCCGGCAGCUCCCCGCACGGCGCUCCUCGCAACAGCGGCACCGGAAUGGUCGCCGCCACCAGCCCUACUGCUGCCGCCGCCGCCGCCGCCGCCGCCGCCGGUGGAGCUCCUACAGGACCGCGACGUCCCGCGGCGCUUCAGAUUCAGGUUCAGUCCGCCGCGGCGACGCCGGGUCAACCGAAUGGCACGGCGGCCGCGGCUGCCUCAACACUGACGGCGCGACUGGACGUUGUACGGCGGAUCCGCAGCCGUCGCCCGCCGGGUCCGGUUCCUGCUCCCGCUGAGGUUCAGAACCUUCUGAGCAACUGUGUUGGGCUGCUGGCCGCGAUUGCGCUGAGUCCCUCGGGGUGCAGGGGGGUCUGCGAGUGCCCCGGGCUGUUGCCGUACAUCACCUCGCUGUUUAUCGUACCGGAGGUGACUCCGAGCAGUGCGGCGGCGGCGGCUGUGAGCGGCAGCGGAGUGGAUCUCAGGAUGCAGCUGCUGGCUCUCCUGGCCAACCUCACCAUGCACCCGGACGGCGCUGCCGCCGUCGCGGCAGCCAAAACCGACAACGGUACGACACUGGCGGCUGCGCUGUACGGCGUUGCGCGGCUGUCGUUCGAGCUUGUACGAAACGGUUGCACCACCUGGCGCACUGGGCUGCAGUUGCUGGAGGUGAGUGAGUGCAUGCUUGCGCGCUUUCUUGUUGCUUAAUUAGGCAUGUCUUCCUCUCUUCCUCCUCUCCUAGCCCUCUUCCUGUGCACCCAUUGCAUGAGCACAUGCGACCCGCAGUCCAAUGGUCGUUUACCCUUACCCAACCCUGCUUCCUCGUUUCCUCCAUCGCAGCCCUGCUUCUCCGUCUUCACCAACCUCCACGCGGCUCACGCGCAGCUCCAACUGCCCCCGGAACCCCAGUCAGGCUCCCCGCAAGACAGCUACAGCCUGGCAGUCGAGGCGCUCUCCAUGCAGCUGCCCGGACCCAUGGGUCACCCGGACCGCGUGCGCCUGCGCUCCGCCGCCGCCCGCAUGCUUGACUCCGCCGCCUCCGCCUACGAAGGCGUGGGACGAACCGUGCCUCCCAUCGCGGUUUCGGAGCUUGUAUCCUUACUAAGCGGCUGCUGCUUUGGCGGCACGACCACUGCUUGGGUUGGGUCGUCGGGAUCUUCACCCGAUUCCGGUUUCGGAGGUGGCAGUGGCGGCGGUGGUUCGGGUGUUCGGGAUGAGGUUGCGGACCGAGCGGCAUGCGACGCAGGUGGAGCGCUGUGGCAGCUCAUGGCGGGUGGGCAGGUGCACCUAGAGGAGGCGGUUGCCGUACUGCAGGGCCCUCUGGCUUCCAUCCUGCGUCGGAGCUCCGAAACCACGAAUCCCUCGCUCGUUCGCGCCGCGCUGGGCCUUGUGUCUUGCCUGGCUCGAUCGCGGUCGGUAGCGCAGCGGCUGUGGACGAGCCCGGUGGUGCCUGCAGUGCUCGUGGCGCAUGCAAGGGCGCGGGAGGCGGGGCGGGA